CCUUCCCCACAGCCCCCUACUCCCUUUAGAUCAUCAAUAAAAACCUUUUUCCAAUCCUUAGCCCCAUCUGACCCUCACCACAUCCUGAAUCACUACCUCACUCCCCUACACCAAUUAACUUAAUCCUAUGCUCUAAAAACAUACAGCCCACCCUGAACUGCUACUAUCCCCAAUCUCUCAAAUCUUUCCAGAUUCUCCACAUCCAAACCACACUUCCAACAUCCACUACAUCUCUAUUCCCUUCCAAUUCCCCCCACCUUCUCCUCAACCUCCACACCCAUAAGCUCCCUACCACACUCUCAUGUGCAGUCCUUCAGAUCCCCACCUCCUUGUCAUAACACCAGACCUAAUCUCCAUUCCCCUCACCCUCUUAUAUCUAAUGUCCCAGCCUCCAUCCUCACCCUCUCCUCCAUCCCUGACACCAUUCACACUCCAAAUGCAACCCCCAUGUCCCUGUUUUCCCCCAACUCCACCUCAAUCCUAUGCCACCUCUCCAGUCCCUAAACCAGCCACACAAAGACCACCUGCCCUUGUAACUCUGUUCCCCCACCCCCAACGUACCCCCUCCAUCACCCAGAAUCCAACCCCCCAUCCGUUCCAGACCCUGACCAACCCAGUCAUCACCUCAAGCUCACUUUGUCCCAGUUCCCUGGAACAAAACGCCACUGCCCUCCAUUCUGCUCUCCAACUCCUACACCUCUGUGUCCCUCCUCCCACCUCCAAAAUGCAAACUCACUUGACCAAAGCAUAUCAGCCUACCCACUCCUCUUACUUCCCAUCAUCCCAAACCCAUCCCUCAGGCGAGGGCUGACUCACCUAAUCCACGCCCACCCCAAACCUGCCUUGUUCUUCCCUGCCCUCACGUCCAUCAGCUCCUCCUUUAUUCCCAAACCCUCGCGCUUCCACAUAACCUUCCCUCGUCUGCUCCCACUGACCAAAGAAUCAAAUGUAGCAGGAGGAAGAGCAUUUCUAGCAAUUUUGUUUCUGAGGAGUUGCGACGGAUCAGAGCCAGGAUGGAAGAGCAGGGAGGGGGCAUAGCGGACAAUGCUGGCAUCUUCACAGACUUUGCCGAAGAGCCAGACUACACGCUGCACGGCAUUAUCGAGCUGCGUGGUGAGCCUGCUGGUGUCCAAGGCAGUGGGUGCUUUGGGAACGACAUGGCUCAAGUCGUGGUUGAUGCUGGACAGGGCGCUGAUCGCCAGGUGGAGGCCAACCGGAAGGUGACAUGCCAGACUGUGACCCUAGAGGUCACUGUGGCGUCAACUGAGGAAGGGUCAGAAAAUGGCAAAGAGCAGGACGGGCAGAAUGUCACCCAAACUGUCCAACAGGUCGAGAAGAUGGAGGAAGCUACCAACCCCCCAGGAAUAGCGCCAGAUGACUGGAGGAUAGCAAAUGUGGUUCCCCUGUUCAAGAAGGGGAGUAGAGACAACCCUGAUGACUUGAUCGAAAUGGAAGAACUUUACUGCUGCCAACAAUGCAACAAGAGCUUUGAGAACCGGAGCCUUUUAACUGAUCACCUGCAGUGUCAUGCACUGGACACUAAAUGUGCUCUGUCUAUCAGGCACAAAGAUGAAGGCAGAUCUCCGGCAAAGCGCCCUAGGAUCUCAUGCAGGAAGCAAGUCACCAGCAGCGAGGAAAACGGGCUUUCCCUGGCCAUUGCAAACAUCGGUGCCUGGGAAAAGUACCCAUGCCCAGUCUGUGGUGAAGUGUUUGGCCAGUUGCAGGCCCUGCAGGAACAUGUGGUCACGCACAAUGGUGACCAGGUGGAGAUUUGCAAUGGUGGGCAGCCUGGCCAGAUGGGAGCCAGUUGCAAUGCCAAGGCUGUCCCCUGUGCUUACCGGAACUGUGGACUGAUGUUCCAGAGCUCAGCAGAUAUGGAGGAGCACCGACGAGAGCACUACCCAUUCUGUUGUGACCAGUGUGAUUUUGCUUGCUCCAGUGCUAAGCUCCUCACCCAGCACAAAAAACGGGGGAGGCUGAAAGGAAAAAAGUUCACAUGUAAACUCUGCCCUUUCGAGAGUUGUGUCGCACAUGACCUGAACAAACACUACAGUGGGAUGCAUCGUGAUAAAACAGGUUAUGAAUGUAACAUGUGUGAUUUCACUAGCCGCUACCACAAAACCUUGAAGAAACAUCUGACUGUACACUCUGAUAAGAAUACUGGUGUGGCCGAAGGGAAUGAUGAUCAGGAGGGAUCGAGACAGGCGGCGAAUCAAGGUAACAGCACAACACAAAGUGUGUCCAGAAAGCGGAAGCGGUCCAGGUGUGAAGAAGAGCUGUUGUUGGAAACUCGCUCUGAGAGAGAUGCUGGCAGAGAAGCUAAAUCCUUCAGACAGAGACAUUUCAAAGUUGAUGUUCAGGAAGGAAUGGAACACCUGUACAAGACUCACAUCUGCCCUGAAUGCAAACGCUGCUUUAAAAAGAGAACACAUUUGGUGGAGCAUCUUCACCUGCAUUUCCCGGACCCCAGUCUCCAAUGCCCUCACUGCCAAAAGUUCUUUACCAGCAAGGGCAAGCUGAAAGUACACUUGAUGCGGGAACUUGGUGAAAAGACCCAUCACUGUCCACUUUGUGACUACAGCGCGGUGGAGAAGAACUCCCUGAACCGACACAUGGCCAGCAUGCACGAAAACACCACAAACUUCUACUCCGACGUAUACUCAUGCCCGGCUUGCGAAGAGAAAUUCACUGUCAGCAACUCGCUGAAGGAGCACAUGAAGACACACAAGGAGGAGCGACAACCCCUGGACUGCUUUGAGGGGGGCUGCAGCUUUACAGCAGAUGAGCGCAAGGACUUUGUCCGCCACCUGAAGGAGGUGCACGGCGCCAAGGCGAUAGAGUGCCGCUACCGCACAUGUGGCUCACUCUUUGGCACAGAGGCAGGGAUGGAAGCACACCGCAGGACUCACUAUGCCUUCCACUGUGACCAGUGCGACUUUGUCUGCUCCAACAAGCAUGUCUUCCGGCGGCACAAGCGGAGGGGGCACCCGGGCAGCGAGGAACUGGCCUGCAGCUUCUGCCCGUUCAAAACUUUCAACCCUGUGGAGUACAAUGACCAUGUUGGCAAGAUGCAUGCCAAUGAGAAGAUCCACAAAUGUAGCGAAUGUGACUUUGCCACAGCACACAAGAGAGUUCUGAACCGGCACAUCCUCCUGCACACAGGCGAGAAGCCACAUAAAUGUGAACUGUGCGAUUUCACCUGCAGGGAUGUAGGCUACCUGUCGAAGCACAUGCUCACGCAUUCUGACGAUAAGAACUACAUGUGCACAGAGUGUGGUUACAUCACCAAAUGGAAACACUAUCUGACGGUGCAUAUGCGUAAGCACACCGGAGACCUGAGGUACCAUUGCAAUCAGUGCUCAUAUCGCUGUCACCGUGCAGACCAACUCAGCAGCCACAAGCUGCGACACCAGGGCAAGUCGUUGAUCUGUGAGGUGUGUGGCUUUGCUUGCAAGCGAAAGUACGAACUUCAGAAGCACAUGCAAGUGAAACAUUCAAAGGACUACGAGAUGCCCCUCUACCAGUGUCAGUACUGCAGCUACCAGACGAGAUACAAGCAGGCACUUCUGAACCAUGAGAACUGCAAACACACUAAACACAAGGAGUUCCGCUGUGCCCUGUGCACCUACAGAACUUUCAGUAACACUAGCCUCUUCUUUCACAAACGGAAGGUCCAUGGCUACGUGCCUGGAGACAAAGAGUGGCUGGAGAACUAUGCCAAAGAGGAGAUGGCAAUGAAUUCCAGCCACAGUCUUCUGGGGUACAGUGACACAAACCUCCCUCUUUCCAGCUCAUCCCAGAUGGAAAUGGCUGUAGCGACUCCAAGAAGUGAAGCGUGGCAGAAGAAUUCAGCUGUAAUGGAGGAGCAGGAGAAGGUGUACCAGGAGCAAGACUUUGUGAGCCCUCUCUUUGGGCAAGACGCCUCUCAACCUGGGGAAGAAAUGCAGAGCAGUACCACACCACAAGAACCUACACAGUUACAGCAACACUUGGUGUAUUCUGCUCAGGCAGGGCAGGAAGCUGAGCCUCUCACCACCCACCCAGGUGAAGCUGGCUCGGAAAUCAACAGUGUUAUGGAGACGGAAUUUCAGAAAAGUUUGGGAGGAAGUGGCUCGCAACUAGAGGAAGUGUUUGAAGCGCAGCUGGAGUUUCAUAGUGCCCCAUCAGAUGAAGUAGCAAAGCAGCUUUCAGACUCCCAGCUGCCGAUCUUGGACUCCUGGGGACCGUGUGAUACUGGAACCAUUUACAGGGACUUUGGUCUUAACACUGGGGUGGACGUGCAGGCUGAUGAUGGUAAUGACGAGGCUGACAUUGGAGAGCACAUUGAAGAUGAGGGAUGUAAUGGUGGGGAGCACAUCAUAGGGAAUCAAGAAGAAGUAGGCCACAAUGUCGAUGUUUUUGCUGAUGAAGAUCAGAGCGGCAGUUAUGAACUUUCAGAUAAAAGUGAAGAAAUUGGCAGAUCCUCCCAGCUGGAGGAUAACACUUCCACAAGUGUCAAGACAGAUGGGACCUGGAUCAGUGUGAUGGAAGCUCAGCUGACUCAUUCCAGCAAUGAAAACGGGGACACAGCUGUGUAUCAGGACGCUGAAGCUGUGAAUCAGGUCAGUCCCGAACUGGAUGGCAGGAGUCCCGACAGUCAGGAGCAGGUGCAGCUCUGCCAGUCGGAAUCUGAGAUUAAGGCUUUGCGGAAGCAGGACAAGCAGCAGGCACAAGCCCUGGUCUUGGAGGGAAGAGUGCAGAUGUUGGUGGUACAGACAGACGCCCAGGUGUUCAAGUGUGAGAGAUGCUCGUAUGUCACCAAGAAGGAGAAAGCCAUGGUCCUCCAUACAAAGUCUGGCUGCCAGAAUAAGAAAUUGCCCCUAGUGUGCACUGCCUGUGGAGCCACCUUUAAACAGCAGAGAGGACUCAAUACCCACUUGCAAAAGAAAUGUCCUGUCAUUGUAAAGAAACACAAGCUUUAUGUGCGGCAAGCAACAAUGACAGAGUCCAAGCUGGAGCUGUCUGGAGCGAAGGAGCAAAGUGUGGAAUCAGAGGUGAAGAGGGUGAGGGCAACAGCUAAAAACAAACCCACGCACGCCAGUGUUGACAGAAGGAAGAAGCAGGAGCUGAGCCUAGUUGCAGUGCAACCUGACCAGCUGCUCGGUAAGAUAACUGAUUGUGGAGUGAGCAAAGAACAUGUAGGUGCAGACUUAUCAUCUAUCUCUGUGGCAGAACAAGACCAGCCUGAAGGAGAACUCUUUGCUGCUUGUGAGGGGGUGGAAACUGGAUUUUUCACAGAGGAGGCAUUAGCUGGUGCUCCUCUGGUCCACAAUGAGUCUCUCCCAUCGACCCAGAGGGGAUUGAUAGCAGAACAUACGGCGAUCAAUGAGCAUUCGCAGCUGGAGUUGGGGGCAUGGAAGUUCCGGUGUGAACAGGGCAAGUUCUACUGUGCCUCGUGCCCUUUUAUCUGCUCUAGCGAGUCGGAUAUUGGCAGCCAUGUAGCUGGUGGCUGUCCACAGCUCCUCAAGCUGCCCUGUGGAUUCUGCGGCUUGCUCUUCCGCUCUGAGAGGGCGUUGAGGAACCAUCAGGCCAUCAAACACACUGAGGAAGAGGAGCUGUCCGACCAGAGUCAUUCGGAUGAGCUGGUGAAAGGAUCUUCCAGUGAGGAUGAGGGGAGUGGAGAUUCUGGGGAGGGAGACAACUCGGAGAACAGUGGUGGCUCAGAGCUAGAGGGCAGCCCCAAGCAGAGGCGUUUCUUUUGCUCCUCAUGCCCUUUCAGCUGUUACCAGGAGCGAGCCUUGGACACCCACAGAAAGAAAGGCUGCAUGAAGCCUGGCGAACUCCAGUGUAGCCUCUGCUCAUUUGUCUGCAAGUCUGCCGUGGCCCUCAAACAUCACACCCGCCUGCACGGCAAGAAAUGCUGCCGCAAGAGGCCUCGCUUGAGCUGCCAGCUCUGCCCGUUCACCUGCAAGCAGAUCCGGUGCCUGAAGCAGCACGUGGCCAUUAAGCACGAUGGUGUUAAGCCCUACAAGUGUCGCUACUGUGAUUUCAGCACCACCCGGCGAUACCGACUCGAUGCCCAUGAGUCCCUGCACACGGGUGUGGGCCGCCUGGCGUGUGACUCCUGCCAGCAGACCUUUGGCACCGGCUCCAAGCUGCGCAUCCACAAGCUGCGGGUCCACGAGAAGCGGCCCACCCACUUCUGUGCCCUGUGCGACUACAGCGGCUACAACCAAAACGACAUCACCCGGCACGUCAGCAGCUGCCAUGCCGGUGAGCCGAGUGCAGCCUGCGGGCGCUGUGAUGCCCGCUUCAGCUCGGAGGGUGCCCUUAAGCAGCACUGCCUGCGGCGGCACGAGGAGAAGGUGUGCCAUGACUGCCCGUCCUGUGUCUUCGCCUGCUACAGCGAGUCCACCCUGCGGAGCCACGUCCAGAGACAACACCCGCAGCUGGAGUGCUCCUCCUGCAAGGAACGCUUUGAGAGGCGGGAGCAGCUGGAAGAGCACAAGAAAGUCCACUUCAGCCAGCACUGCCCGCACUGCGACUUCGCCACUCGGGAGCGGCAGCAGCUCAUCCAACACCUGCUGGAUACCCAUGAGGAGGACAAGGAGGAGGCAGAUGGUGGGGAGGGGGGCAAACCCUUCCAUUGCCCCUUCUGUGAGUUCACCUGCCGUCACCAGAUGGUAUUUGACUAUCACAUGAAAGCUCACGGUGGCACACGGAUGUACAAAUGUACUGACUGCGACUAUACCACCAAAAACCGGCAGAAGAUCACAUGGCACAUACGCAUUCACACCGGGGAAAAACCCUACAAGUGCCACCUCUGCAACUAUGCCUGUGCAGACCCGUCACGACUGAAGUACCACAUGCGGAUCCACCAAGAAGAGAGGAAAUACCUGUGUCCAGAAUGUGGCUAUAAGUGCAAGUGGAUUAACCAGCUCAAGUACCACAUGACUAAACACACGGGUGCCAAGCCCUACCAGUGUGAUGAAUGUGAUUACUGCACCAACCGUGCAGACGCACUCAGGACCCACAAAGAAACUCGGCACAAAGAAACUCGGAGCUUCAUCUGCGAGCAGUGCGGGAAAGGUUUCAAGACUCGCUUCCUCCUGAAGACCCACCUGAAGAAGCACAGCGAGGCCAAACCGUAUGUCUGCAGCGUGUGUUGCCGUGGUUUCCGCUGGCAGGCAGGCCUGCGCCACCACUAUCUCACUCACACCAACGAGCACCCUUUCUUCUGCCGCCAUUGCAGCUACAAAGCCAAGCAGAAGUUCCAGGUGGUCAAGCACAUCCAGCGGCACCACCCCCUCAAAGUGUCGGGAGACCCAGCCGAGGGAGUGGGUAAAGUGCAAGUGAGCCACCCCCCCAGCUCCUUGGGAGCUGACAACCAGCCACUCCUCAGCCUGACCACCAGCUCCUAGUUAAUGAGAUGAUGCUGGGAGCCUUUACCUUCAGCUGCUGAGCGACAGCUAUGUGUGGAGCUGGUCCACGUCGCUUGAGGUUUGGAAGCUGCAGUACCUAGAGACACAUCUGUGUUCAUGCACAACGUGACACGCAUUGGAGCAGGGAUCCCCAGAAAAAAAAGAGCCAGGAAGUCUUCAUGUUUCAAAGUAGGAACAACCUGCUAUUCCCUUGUAUCAAGGUGAGACUCUGUACCCUGCAACAACAUCUCUUAGGAAAAAGACCUGGCUCUUUUAAAUGGAGAAAUGACGAGCCAGUAAGCAUCUGAAAUAGAGAAGGAUGACCUCUCUCGACAGCAUCUUUGGGUGGAUUGCUGCCCUUCCACGUUCCAAGAAUGUUCUGGAAGGCAGAGAGGACGACACCAGGCUUCCUAAAGGGAGAGAGAGAGAACUGUAACAGCGAGACAAGAUAGUUGACUUCUGCAGCUGUGUUUACUUUUUGUCAUGAGGUGAUUGAGAAAUAUGUUGAUCAGCCGAGCCGCUGCUGAAGGAUAGAAUGACCUGACUAAGAAUGAAAUCAUGUGGGUUUCCCACUGUUAAUUUAGCAGUGUAACAGGAUGGUUAGUGUUAACAUUUUCAAAAGACGUGGAUUAGAAUCGGGCAACGUGUGAAUACCAGGGGGUGGAAUGCACAGAAAUCAGAAAACCGCCCUUGGAUGGAGAAUUUGUAUGAAAGUUGUUGCCAUUUAAAUUUGUAGGGGACAGGAGGCUUCCCUUCCUUCUCCUCUCCUGAGCCUCAUAUUUGUCACAGUGUCACAGUGCGUACAUUAAAUUACAGCAACCACCACAGCAGUGGUUAUCUAAAAGAGGGAACAAAUGAAAGGAGUUGCUUGCAGAGUUGUGUGCGCUUAAAGCACUGAGCAUAAGAGAAAGGAGAGAGAAUGGCAUGGGUCUUUAACACUGAGUAGCUACAUGGCAAGGAUUUGGUUUUGUUUCAACUCCAUUGCUGUCUUGUCUGUGACUUGCUCCUCCUUUAACUUUUCAUCCUUCACCCCAUAAAUCCACUUCCCAGAUUUUUUAGAAACUCUUUGAAUGGUUUCUUCAGGUAUUGGCGGAAAGGAGCAUUCUGAGUUCUGCCUAAAGUUUAUUGUGAUACACCUUGCAGUUUAUAUACAGGGCCUUCACCCAGCUGGCCUGUGCAGGUUUUUUAAUGCUCCAUGUAUACUUGCUUCCAUUCUAACUCAACUCACCCAGCCAGGAUAUCCUUUUAACAUAAUUUUUAUUUUCGGUAUUGUUGCUCCAGCUCUCCGUUGUCCUCAUCUCUUGUUGUAUUGAGUGUGAUCAGGGUGCAAUUCUGUUAAUACUGAGCAACGACAAAAACACUGAUUUUGUGUACAUCCCCUGCACAGACUAUCGACAGAAUAUUCCAUGAUGAUGAGACAGCGCUGUUACCUCCACGGCCCAAGGGGCUGUUAGCGUGAUGAUAAGCUAAAGAACUGAAAGUGUAUUCUUUCCCAACAACCACAUAAUCGUGGCCAGGACUUUGGCCCAUCUGUUUUUCCAGACUGUGUGCUCCUUCCCAAACACACAUUAAGCUAAUUCUAACUGCCUUCUAGACUGCUCUGUCACUUCAUUGCAGUCUAACCUUCAAAGCUGGGCUCCUUUCUCAGUCUCAGCACUAAAGUAGCUCAUAGCUUUUGGCACCUAAGCCCAUAAGAAGCCUCUGUUUCCAGUGAUCUUCCUAACACCCACUAUUUCUGCUCUGAGGCUGUUCUCACUGCCUUGCUUAAAUUGCAGACUGUGUGUCAAGUUUUGUUGAAAAUCUCGCCUAAAUGCCCAGCAAGCCAUCCAGCAUGUGGAGACAGUCUGUAGGUUCUUGCAGCCCUGAAGUAGCCCAUUCAGUCUUGUCUUUGUCAGCCAUUUGAAAGAGUUUAGUUCCACCUGCCCUCCUCUCUUUCACCCAUUGCCCUGUAAACUUUCACUCCUUCUGAUAUUUUUUUUUGAAAGUAUCUAUUGAAUCUCCUUCUAGUGCCCUAUCAGGAUGUGAAUUCCAAAUCUCAAUAAUUUGCUGCAUUAAAACAAUUCUGUCAUCUCAGGUCUUGUUUUCUUUUACUGAUUAUUUUAAAUCUGUGUCCUCUGGUUGUUAUUCCCCUAGAAAUAAUUUCUCCUCAUUCCCCAUCGUCUUCUGCAUUGAGAAACGAUCAUGAUUAUUUUGGAUGUCUCUAUUAAAUUUCCCUUAACCUUCCCUGCUCUGUUGAGGACAAUGCCAGCUUCUCCAGUCUUUCCACAUUCACUGCAAUUAAUUGGUCAAUCUGUUUUAAUUAUGGGGUUAGAGGGAGCUAUUUUCUUGUGGGUCCUAUUUUCAACCCCCUCCCCCCCCCCCCCAAAGAAUUACACAACUUGAACACUGCUGAAAAAUAGAACGGGCUGCUGAGGCCCUUCUUUUAUUCCUUUAUUCAUUCACAGGAUGAGGGUGUCAUUGGCCAGGCAGCAUUUAUUGCCUAAUUGUUCAGGGGGCAGUUAAGUGUCAACUAUCAUGUUGAGGGUCUGGAGUCACAUGUAGGCCAAACCAGGUAAGGAUGGCAGUUUCCUUCCCUAAAGGACAUUAGUGAACCAGAUGGGUUUUUCCCAACAAAUUUUGAUUUGUGCUCAUUAGAACAGUUGCAAAAAUGUCAAAUUAUAAUGGGAGCAGCAAUUUAUAUGAUAGGAGAUAUGUAUCUCUGGCAGGGGUAAGUGAAGCAGAUUGUGAGCCAAGCUGAUAAUUUUAAACUGUUUGUUAGUAUAAUUCUUAGCAGAGCCAUUGUAAUUUUUUUUUAAGUGGAGCAGAAGCAUGGAUGAUAGUUCCCUGGUGCAUUUCCCCAUAGCAAACCCUUGACCAAUCAAAGUUGACUUACUACCCAAUCAAUAUUCAUUUCUUAUACAUUGUAAAUUGUUGCUUCCUUUAAAAUUAGACAUUCUUGCAUCUGUCCUUAUGAGUACAAGGCAAAGAGCU